AUGCCUAGACAAGAAACACUCCAUCUGCAUCCCCUUGGCUGGGAGAAUGAUCUCGAAGAGGAGCGCUUCAAGGUUUCUACUCUUGACUACCUGACCGGUCUCACAUACUGCAAUUUUGCAAUCUUCUUCCGAUUAAAAGAUGGCGACAAGGAAAAAGCGGUCGAUGUUUUAAAGGCCGCCCUUGAGCGAACUCUGAGCCAAGCCCGAAUUCUCUGUGGAACCAUUGAGAAAGAUCAGUCCGGGGGUCACUCCUUUGUGAAGAAGAAAGAAAGCACGGUGCGAUUUAUCGUCCAGUGGCUCGACGCCCCCGAGGACAGUGAUUCAUAUCCCUCGUUUGACGAUAUUGCCCAGCAAAACUUUUGCAGCACUUCUCUACCCGACUUCAACGAAUGGAGUAUACCUCCCAUGACAUAUGGUGAUAAGCCCGAAGCCCAUCCUGAUCUUAGCCCUGAAGUAGCGGCCUACAAGGCAAAUUUUGUCCGGGGAGGACUAGUCUUCAUCAUGGCUCAUCAUCAUUAUGCAAACGAUGUGAUGGGAUGGGCAGGUCUUACACAUCAACUGGCUGAGAAUUCCCAUGCGAUCGUCAAUCAAACAUCUUUUCCCCCGUGGGACUCUUCAUGCCUAGACGUGUCACGCCUAACUAAGCCCAUGGUGCCGGAAGAAUUCCGAAUCGAUGGGCCCCCCAUGCCAGAGCGUCAUCUCGACCAUAUCACUGCUGAAAUGCUCCUUUUCCACCUGCCGAAAAGCAAAGCAGCGGAGCUGAAACGGCUUGCGUCACCACCAGACGGAUCUCGAAUUUCCACCUACGACGCCUUUUCCGCCUACCUAUGGCGCACCGUCAGUCGACUACGGGCACCCGUCUUCAAGCCAGAUCUCUCGGCGCCGCUAUUUUGGUCUGAAGCAGUUGACAUGCGACGCCGUAUGCACAGCCCCAAGGUUCACUCCCGGGUUCAACAAAAUGUGAUGUCUGCUGCGCUUUCAGACAGAGUUUCUGUAACUGCGCCCGUGGCGGCAGAGGUAAUUUCUGAAUGGCCGUUAUGGAAACUCGCUUUUCACAUUCGACAGAUGACCAAUAGUACGACCCAAGAAGCCCUUGACAGAUCUCUUGAUGCCAUCGCAAAUAUACGCGACAAAACGGCGUUGAAUAUCCGGAUCACCUCGUAUCCGCCCAUGUCGAUUCUGCAAACAGAUCAUCGCAAUGCUAAUAUCACGGGAGCUGAUUUUGGAUUUGCAAGGCCUGUGAUAUAUCGCGUUCUCGUGGAUAGCAUCACGCAGGGUGUUAAUAUCAUCUACCCCCCGCGUGCUUCGCCUCCGGACACCGAUGAAGGACCGGAGUUUUCGAUAUCGUAUGAGAAGAGCCUUAAACAAGCACUUAUUGAUGAUCCUGAGUGGAAUAAGUAUUUUGAGUAUCGGGGGGUUGAUGCGAUCGAUGCCAACGAUCAUUAA